GAGCUUCCCACGGACACCUCGGCGCGGCGCGCCGAAGGCGCCCUCAGCGAGCUCAAGACGCUGGGCCUGGCGCGCGUGGCCUGGGCCUCCGCGCGGCUGGACGCCAGGGGCGAGCCACUGCUGACGGCCGCUGCAGCUGAGUUCCUGCGCAAGCAGAGGGAGGCGAACAGCUAG